AUGGAUCCAACAAAUUUUUUAAUACAAUACAAUGAAUUUAUUGAAGAUAUCAAAGAGAAUAUCGAGAUGAUAAAAGUACUUGAUGAUAGAAUCAAAGAUAGAAAACAAAUACUUUUAAUGAAUAAUGAUGAAAAAGUUGCUGAAAUAGAAAGGUUAAGAAAAAAAGUUGCAAGUUACGAAAAAGAACAAAGGAAAACAGAAAAAGAAAAUGAAAAAAUAGAAGAUAUGACUCCUGAAGAAAUUAAAGCAAAGUAUAUUAAACAAAAAGUUUUAUUAGGAAAGUGUAGAGUAGCUGUUGAAUACUUCAAAACAGGUCGUGAUCAAGCUUUACAAGAAGUUGAUAAAUUAAAGAAACAAAUAGAAGAAAAAACUGAUAGCUUCAAAAAUACAAUUGUUUGUGACGUUAAGAAAGAGAUAGAAGAUAUGAGGAGUUUCCAAGAAAUUCAAUCAAAUAAUCAUCUCAAAAAUCUUAAAAUACUUGAGGAUCAAUCUAAGUUAUAUCAUGCAUAUUGGCAACAAACAAAAACAGAUUUUUCUGAUUUUAAAAAGGAAAGUGAAGAUAAAAUCAAGAAAUUAAGUGAUAUUAAUGAAAACUUAAGUCGUGGUAUAAAGGAACGUGAUGAAAAAAUUAAAGAUUUAAAUAGUAUUAUUGAAAACUUAAACCACGUAGAUACUUAUCCUAAAUCUACCACUCCAUCAAUUAUUUCAGAAGAAUCAAAAGAAAUAGAACAACAAAAAACUGUAGAAAUAAAAGAGACUACUCAACCAUUAAUUUCACAACCUGCCACUAUACCUCUUGAAGGUUAUUCUAGUACUAAUAAAGAAGAUAACAAAGGUGUAAUAAUUAAAAAAGAUAAUUUAAUAGUUGAUCAACAAAAAUCAUUGAGCCAAACAUUCCCAAAAAGUAUAGAAGUAAAAGACACUAAAGAAGGACUACAAACAGAAAUUCAACAAGAAGAAGUAGCUAAAGAAAAUGUAAUGGAUCAAAUAUCAAAAUUAGAAGAAAUAAAACAAACAAAUAAAACCAACGAUAAAAGUAUUGAAACUAAAAAGGCAGUUUUAGCAAAGGGAUUAGCUUAUUUGAUUCAUGCACAAUCUGAUAAUUGA